AUUGUCUGACAGAUAACAAUUUAUUAUUACACGAAACUAAAAUGUAUAUAAAACGUAUGGAUAUUAGAUUUUAUUGAGUUAAAUCUAUGAGUGCAUUUAUAGAGCCCAUUUACGUAUAUGGUUAACUAAAGUGUUUUUCAUUAAUCAAUUGAGUGGAAUUGAUUUUUUUUCCUCUGAAAGGCGAAAUGGUUUUGGAGGAACCGGAGAAAGAUAUAGCAAACAAUGACGAAAAGAAGGAGGACCCCAUCGUGCCCUACUACAAACUGUACAAAUUCGCCACCCCAUUCGACCACCUCCUCAUGGCCGUGGGGCUCCUGUGCUCCAUAGUGUGCGGAGUCCUGCAGCCCUACUUAAUGAUUCUCUUCGGGGACGUCUCCGGGGUCAUCCUGGAAUACACCUCAAAGUUAACGCAGAAUUUGACCGUCCUGGAGAGGGAGAUGGAGGACGAGAGGAUGUACGAGGGUGUCCGUUACUUCUCGGUGAUCAACUGCGUUUGCGGAUUUAUCAUAAUCGCGUGCAGUUACGUGGGUGGGGUGAGUUUGACGCAGAGCUCUUUAAGGCAGAGCUGUAAAAUGAGAAGGCUAUUUAUGGAGAAAACCCUGAACCAGGACAUCGGAUGGUACGACCAAAACCAGACUGGAGACUUCUCGAGCAUUAUAACAGACAACAUCCCCAAAAUCGAGGACGGCAUGGGGGAGAAGGUGGGCGUGGUGGUGUUCCUGGGAGCAACCAGCGUCACAGGAAUCAUCUGGGCGCUGGUCAAAGGGUGGCAGUUGGCGCUGGUGUGCCUCGCCUCCUUACCAUUGCAGACUGGAGUGAUGGGAGCCAUAGCAUGGUUUUCAGCCAAAUACUGCAAACAAGAGAUGAAAGCUUAUGGUAACGCCGGAGCUGUGGCCGAAGAGGUGCUGAGCUCCAUCAGGACGGUGGUGGCCUUCGAUGGCCAAGAAAAGGAGACCAAGAGGUACGAGAAGUACGUAAAGGAAGCCCAGGAUAACAACAUAAGACGGUGCCUCUUUAACUCCAUCAAUCAAGGGUUCAUUUGGUUCCUCACUUAUGGUUGUUUCGCUUUGGCUUUUUGGUAUGGGGUGGACCUAGUGAUCGCCGACAGGAUCCUACCGGAAGACCAAAGAGUCUGGACGCCGGGAAACAUGGUGGGGGUGUUCUUUUCCACGUUAAUAGCCAACUGGAACAUUGGCACCAUAGGGCCUUACUUGGAGAUAUUCGGGAUGGCCAGGGGAGCUGCCGCGAAGGUUUUCCACGUCCUGGAAAGCGACCCGAAGAUGUUCAAACAGAACGAGGUGGGCAGGAGGCCGGACUUUAUGUCCGACGUGGUUUUUAAGGAGGUCCAGUUUUUUUAUCCGUCCAGGCCUGAUGUUCAGGUCCUGAAAAACAUCAGCCUGGAAAUCUCGUUUGGGGAAACGGUGGCCCUGGUGGGUCACUCUGGAUCUGGCAAGUCUACGAUCGUGCAACUUUUGCAGCGUUUCUACGAUCCCUCCUCAGGAAACAUCACCAUAGACGGUAUCGACUUGAAAGAGGUGAACUUGAGCUACCUGAGGCAAAACGUGGGAGUGGUCAGUCAGGAGCCUUCGCUGUUCGCUACCACCAUAGCGGAGAACAUCCGAUAUGGCAAACUUAGUUCCACAAUGGACGAAAUAAUACUGGCUGCCAAAAAGGCCAACGCGCAUAAGUUCAUAUGCAGCCUCCCUCACGGUUAUCAAACGGUGAUAGGGGAGAGAGGAGCGCAGCUCUCUGGGGGCCAAAAGCAACGGAUCGCCAUCGCCAGGGCCCUCAUUAAAACCCCCAACUUGCUUAUCUUGGACGAGGCCACGUCUGCUCUCGAUACAGCCAGCGAGGUCGAGGUGCAACAGGCACUGGAUGCCAUCAGCGGGGAAUGCACGAAGAUCGUGGUGGCCCAUAGGUUAUCCACCAUAAGGAACGCGAACCGGAUAAUCGUGUUCGAUCAAGGUGAAAUCGUCGAGGAGGGCUCCCAUCAUAGGCUGAUGGAGGUCAAGGGGGUCUACUACAACAUGGUCACCUCCCAAGGGUACACGGAGAUUAACAGCGAACAAGACAUGAAGAUAAAACUGCAAAAGACCACCAGCUUCUCGGCCAAUUCUUAUGACGGAGGCACAAAGGUGAAGGAGGAAAUCCUGGAGGACACAACAGCAGCUAAACCGCCCUCGGACACUCGUACGAUCUUCAAGAUAAUUAAAAUGAACAGACCGGAGUGGUUGGCGAUGGUCACGGGGUCCCUUUCGUCCCUUAUGAACGGGGCUUCCCUGCCCCUGUACGGGAUCAUCUUCGGUGACAUUUUAGGGGCCCUAUCGAUCCCGGACGUCUCGAUCUUGAAACUGCAAGCGGACCUCUACUGCUUGGACUUCCUUUACUUGGGGAUAGCCACCGGUUUGGCCAUGUUUUUGCAAAUUUACGCGUUCGGGUAUGCAGGCGAGAAGCUCACCUACCGAGUGAGAAACAAGAUGUUCGGCUCGAUGCUAAAGCAGGAAAUGAGCUGGUUCGACCGUAAGGACAACGGGGUGGGGGCGCUGUGCGCUCAGCUAUCAGGAGACGCCGCCAGCAUCCAAGGGGCUGGAGGUUCAAGGAUCGGCCUGAUCCUCAACUCGGUUUCCACGUUCAUCCUGGCCACGGCCAUAGGUUUCUACUUGGACUGGCGACUCACCCUUAUAGCGGGGGUGUUCUUCCCUCUGGUGUUCUUCUCCAUAUCGUACGAGCGUAAGUCGGUCCAAGUGGAGUCGCAGUACACCCAAAAACUGCUGGAAAAAUCGGCGAAAAUCGCCGUCGAGGCCAUCGAUAACAUUCGCACAGUGAAAGCGCUCGGGUGCGAAAGCGUUUUCAUCGAGGCGUACGUUAAGGAGUUGGUUUUUUGUAAGAAAGCGGGGUUCCGGCGGUCGCACGUUAAGUCGUUGAUUAUUGGCCUGGCAAGGAGUCUACAGUUCAUGGCCUACUCCGCGGGGAUAUCUUACGGGGCGAACCUCCUGAUUUGGCAGCAAACCGAUGCCUCCACCGUUUUCAAGGUGUUGGAGGUGGUGAUGUCCAGCUCCUGGUCCAUAGGAAACGCCCUCUCCUUCUCCUCCAACAUGCAAAAAGGGAUAACGGCAGCAGCGAGAGUGUUCGAGCUCUUUAAGCGAGAGCCCCACAUUAAGAACGCCCCUAAGGCAAUCGUGCGACAAAUGGAAAGCUCAGACGUGGAAUAUUCCAACGUGUACUUCACCUAUCCGACUAGGCCAGAGAUGCAAGUGCUCAACGGUCUAGACUUAUCGGUUAUUCACGGUAAAACUGUGGCUCUGGUGGGCAGCAGCGGCUGCGGAAAAUCCACCCUCCUGCAACUCCUGAUCCGUUUUUACGACCCCAGCGAGGGCGAGGUCACUUUCAACAAUUUCGACCUCAGAAACCUCAACUUGAAGUGCCUGAGGUCCAAUUUGGGGAUAGUGAGUCAGGAGCCGAACCUCUUCGACCUCACCAUCGCGGACAACAUCAGCUACGGAAUAAACGACCGCGAGGUGCAGAUGAAGGAGAUAGAGGAGGCCGCCAAGGCCGCUAACAUCCAUAAUUUCGUCACUGGCUUACCGCUGGGUUACGACACGAGGUUGGGAAGCAAAGGGAAGCAGCUGUCGGGGGGGCAGAAGCAGAGGAUCGCGAUAGCCCGGGCUCUCCUGAGGGAUCCUAAAGUGUUGCUGCUAGACGAGGCGACGUCCGCUUUGGAUAACGAAAGUGAGAAAGUGGUCCAGGAGGCUCUGGAUAACGCGAGACAGGGACGUACUUGCAUCACUAUAGCCCAUAGACUUACCACAAUCCAAGACGCUGAUGUGAUAUGCGUCAUCAAAGAGGGUCUGGUGGCCGAAAUGGGCACUCACAACGAGCUGCUGAGCAAGAAGGGGCACUACUACGAGUUUUACAAGCUACAGGCCGGGCAUUAGGGCAGUAUUAAAAUAAAAUAAAUACCAAAAAAAAAAAA